GUUGGAUAGGUACUCAGAAACCACGUGACUGAUGACUAAGUUAAAUCUUUCCUACUUACUCUAAGAGAAGAGUCUGAUGAAUAGUUUCUUAUCCUUGCAUUUUUUAAAGCUUUGGAAAUACUGAAUCAUGUUACCACUUAUGCUUUUUUCUACCCUGUUUUCUUCCAUAUUUGCUGAACCCGAGGAACUACACUGGUCCUGUAACUCCUCCGAUGCAACUUUUUCAUACACAUACUGUGAUGACAUGAAAUUCCCUAUUUCAGUUCAUACUGAACCCUGUAUAGAAUUAAAGGGAACCAAUGGAUUUUUGCAUAUUUCCUACAUUCCAAGGAGAGACUUAAAAAAAUUAUAUUUCAAUCUCUAUAUAACCGUCAACUCCAUGGAACUGCCAAAGCGCAAACAAGUUAUUUGCCGAGGAUACGAUGAUGAAUAUUCGUUCUGCAGAGCUCUGAAGGGAGAGACUGUGAAUACAACAGUAUCAUUUUCCUUCAAGGGAAUACGAUUUCCUAAGGGUCGAUACAGAUGUAUUACAGAAGCCAUUGUUGGAGAUAAUGAAGAAAAGCUCUUUUGUUUGAAUUUCACUGUCAUACACCGCCCUUAACUAACCUUAUUUUGAUUAGAAUAAAUUGAGCAUAUUUUUAUUUUUCA